GACACUGACGUUUAAACGUGCGAAAUUUUGAAUAGGUUGAUUGAAAUGAAAAUACAUGUAGAAAAUGGGAAACAUGUAAAUACUGGAUUGAAAAUUUAAGGAUAUUGUUAGAAAAAUUAAAAUGAGUGUCUAUAAAGACAGAUCAUUUGUGCAACAUAAUCAAGAGAAAUGCGAAGAGACAGAGGGAUUUGAUGUUCAAGCAGGAUUGACAUGGAUUUAUCCGACAAAUUAUCCUCUGAGGGACUAUCAAUUUAAUAUUAUCGAACAGGCUCUCUAUAAAAAUACAUUGGUCAACCUACCAACAGGCCUUGGUAAAACCUUCAUUGCUGCCGUACUCAUGUUUAAUUAUUACAGGUGGUAUCCUACUGGUAAAAUUGUUUUUAUGGCACCAACCAGGCCGUUAGUUAAACAACAAGUAGAUGCAUGUUAUAAUAUAACGGCUAUCCCAAAAGAUGUGACUGCAGAAUUGACUGGCACUAAUAAAAAUUCAACCAGAAAUGAUGUAUGGAUGGAUAAAAGAGUUUUUUUCAUUACGCCUCAGGUUUUACAAAAUGAUCUAGAUAGUUGCCCAGAACUGGCAACUUUGAUAAAAUGUAUUGUGUUUGAUGAAGCACAUAAAGCAAAAGGAAACUAUGCUUAUUGCGAAGUAAUGAAGAAAAUGAAAGCAUGUGCAAAGUAUUUUCGAGUUUUAGCUUUGAGUGCUACUCCAGGAAACAGCAUCAAUGAUGUAGGAGAGGUGAUCAAUAACCUUAUGAUUUCACAUUUGGAAUAUAGAACUGAAGAGAGUGAAGAUGUGAAGCCUUAUGUAUUCAAAAGGAAACUGGAGACUGUAGUAGUUCCUUUAGGUCAAAAAUUGGAACAAGUGAAAAAUCAUUAUUUGGAGGUUCUUGAAAAAUAUAGUAGGGUCUUGUUGAAGUAUAAAGUAGUGCAAGGAAAUUGUAGUACUCUAACCAAAGGAGCAAUAUUCAGAAUAAAAAAAGAAUACCAAGAAAAGAACAACAGGGAUCCUCACUAUAAAGAGGUCAAUCUUACUUUGAACAUAUGCAUGAGUUUGUAUCAUGCCAAUGAAUUAUUGAUCAGGCAUGGAUUACGAGGAUUUUUGGGAUAUUUCGAAGAACAUAUAAAUGAUCCUCUUCUAAGAAAUAACAAUGGUUUAAUAAAAAUCAUGGAAGAUGUAAGAAGUUAUUUGGGACCAAUUCCUGAUAUAGAUAGAUUACCGGAUGGAUCCUAUCCUGAGGUACCAUCAAACAUAAUGUUUGGUCAUCCCAAAUUCUACAGAUUACGGGAUAUCUUGAUAUCUCAUUUCAAUAAUAGUGGGGAUGAGAGUAAAGUUAUCGUUUUUUUUGAAUAUCGUGAUUCCGUUAAAGAAGCUUUUUUAAUACUCCUACAGGCCAGGCCUAUAAUUAGACCCGAGAUGUUUGUGGGUCAAAAAUCAGGAAUGGUGACGCAGAAAAUGCAGCUGAGGGUCAUAAAAACAUUCAGAGACGGAGACUGCAACACUCUGCUUUCAACUUCCAUUGGUGAAGAGGGCUUGGAUGUUGGAGAAGUGGAUCUUAUCAUCUGUUUCGAUAUAUCCAACAAGUCUCCAAUCAGAAUGGUUCAGAGAAUGGGAAGAACAGGUAGGAAACGUGAAGGGCAGGUGGUUAUUCUGGUAACUGAGGGAAGGGAGCAGCAAACCUUGAACGAUUGUCUGUUUCACAAGAAUAAUAUGAAAAGUUGGGCCGGUUCUACGGAACUGAUGAAACAGUUUUUCGUGGAGUCACCAAGAAUGGUACCCAAGGAAAUCCAUCCUAAGUGUAUGAAGAUGCAAAUCACGGUUACUAAGCCUAUGGUCUCUAAAAAUAAUUCCAUCAAGAAUUACAUCAAGAAAAUAUCUGCUGGUUCAACUUCAACUGCAUCAGAAGAUGUGGAGAUAAUCGAAAUAGCAGAAAGAAUCCCAGGCAGGAUAUCUUUAUUUAAUAAACCUUAUUCUCAAAUCAAGGAUUUCGAUUUCAAACCCUUCUGCAAUGACUAUAUAGAACACCAGAGGAUCUUCCAGAGCAGUUCAAGAAUUGGCUCUUCUGAUGCAUCCAAAUUGUUUGUUAAUCUGAUGAAAUUUGCUGAUGCUAAGAGAUUUAAUAUUCCUCUCACUCAAGACGCGCAAAUGAGCAGUAAAAACCUCAAGCAAGGAGAUAUAAGAAAUAUGUUUGUGAAUAUUGGUACUAAAAAUAAUGUUGUGUCAUCCCAAGGUGAUUUCAUGACUCAGCCAUUAUCUUUAUCUACUCAAAAAGAGUUAAGUAAGGAAGAUAUUGAAUACAGAGAAUUUCAUAACAAAUUACAUGAGGAAAUAUCAAUAUAUCUAUCCAUCCAAGAAAUGACGCCAAAAAGUUGCAGAUUUUGUGAAAAGGGAUUCAAAUGCUCGAAAUAUACAGUAAAAAAAGAUUCAAAUUGUUUAGAAGAAUUAGAUCAUUGGAUUCCCCCAAAUCUAAAUUUCUUCAAAGCUAUAACAGAAAAAGAUUUAGAAUCUUAUAUGAAAUCUAAAUCAGAGCAGAAGGAUAAUUUUGAAGAUACUCUUUCGGAAUUCAUAGAUUCUGAUCUAUUUCUAGAUGAACAAAUCGAAGAGAAAUGUAUGAAAGAAAAAUCUUUCAAUUUCGAUGCUCCAAAAUCUUUUGGAAACUUAAUGGAUAAAUAUAAUUUAUCUUCAACUUUUCCUGAUCAGCAAAAAGGCAAAAAAACAGACAAAGUUGAUGGAGGAAGAGCAGAAACAUUAACUUCGACGUCUGAACCAUUGGAUAAUAGUGAAUUGAAGAAAGUGGCAGAUCAGAACACUACACCGAUAAUACAAGAAAAAGAGAAUUUGGAAACAGUAUUAUCGUUUUUCAAGUUGGAUAAAAUUGAAGAUAUAUUUGAGGAGGAAGACAACCCAAACAAAUCGAAUGAUUCUGAUAAAACCAUCAUUGAUGUUGAUUUCAUACAAGAUCAACUCAUUGUAAGAGAGCCAUCACCAGUUCUUAGUACUCAAAUUUCUCAAAGAAAAAGAGUCAGAGCAAAAAAUAAACCAGUUAAUGAAAAGAAACCAGGAUCUCCAGUUUUAGAUUCAUCGAUUUUAUGUCGAUCUCAAAUAGAAAUACCAUCUAAAGGAAGACCUAGCUUGGAUAUAAUUGAUACAUCUAUCGAAGAAAGAAAUGUUCUGACUAUACCAAAAAAGUUUUCUCAAAAAGCGAACAAAAAGAAUUGUGAAAGAAAUAACCUAGAAAAUAAACAUUUGAAAGUCACAAGUAGCGGAUCGACCAAUUCAGAAGAUGAAAAUUUAUUGGGAUUUUUCAGUACAAGAAAGAAAACUGAAACUUGUGAUCAAACCAAAAAGUGCCAGAAACCAUUGGGACUCGAAGAUGUUUUCGAAUUAUCGGCUUUUGGUUUAACUAUAGAUGAUAUUUGCAAAGAGAGAAAUAAUUUAUCCAAAGUACCUGUAGAAAAGGACAACAUGAAACAUUCAUCAGAUCUUUGUAAAAAUGAUUUGGAUAAUUUCUCAAUGUUGGUCAAUGCUGAAUCUACUAGAGUAGAACAAAAUAAUGGUAACGAAAUCACAGAAAAAAUUGAUAGCACAAUUGAAAAUGGUUUGAUGUUGAGGGAAAAGCAUACCAAUGAGUAUUGUAAUAAUAAUCCAAAAUCCCAACCAGGAAAUGGAGAGAAGGACUCUUCAUUACCAGAAAUUGAUGAUUUUUGUGAUUUGUCGAUCUUCGGUUUGACUCAGUGUGAAGAAAUAGGUUCAGAACUACAAAAAACUGAAAAUUUCAAUCACAACAAUGACACUAUAUAUCAUUUAACAGAUUGUUCAGAAACAAAACCCAAGUCAACAGAGAAUGGGAAAUUUGCAGUGAAAGAACAGAAAACACAUUCUUCUCAUGAAAAAAUUAAUCAACUGCAAUCAACUGCUGGAAAUAGUUUUAUCAGCGAAUCAAAUAAAAUUGAUGACUCUGAUAUUUUUAUUAUCGAAGAUAGUCCUAUAAAAGGCAACUUCAUCGAUCUUACACAGAGUCCUGAGGGGAACAAAAAGCCCCCCCUUCGACCAAAAAUUUUGUCGCAAUUAUCGAUUACUCAGAUCCUGAGUUUGGCCGAGAAACCCACACAAUACUCAGUUUCUAGAGCCGCAGAAAAACCUUCGUCAUCGCCAUUUGGUAUUGAGACUAGUAAAAAGAAAAAGAAACCAGAAUCGUGUAUUAGUAAAUCACAGCGUAUUGAUGAAAAGUUGGUUGUAGAUUCGAACGAUUUUGAGAAUUUCCCUAAAAAAGAUGAAUCACAUCUACGUCCAGAAAAAUCUAAAAAGAGUGUAGUGGACGAUUCGAGGAAUAUGGAAUCUGGAGAGUUUUCAUGUACAAAGGAGUCUUCACCGAUAUUUAAGAAACCAAAUAGAACAAAUAGAGAUGAAAGUAAGAAAAAACGGAGUAGGCCUCAAUUGGAGAACAAACCUUGCACAUCCGGAAUAAAUCCGAGGAAUAUUAUUAAUAGGGAUGAAAAACUCAACAGUUCCAUGACUAGCAUAAGGUUGAGUGAUUCGAUUUUGAAUAGUAAUAGUGAUGAUGAAUUUGAGGAUAUCAUUUUGCCUAACAUGAAACAAAAUAUUCAAAAGAAACAAAAUGAUUCUAGUCCCAAAAUCCCUAAGAAGAAAGUGAGAAAAAAAAGAGAAACUUUCGAUUUCAUUGAAGAUGAAGCAGAAGUCUCAUUAGAUAAAGGCUCUAUGUCAGAUGAUGAAAGUGAUGAUGAUGGAUCUUUUGAUGAGAGCUUUGUUGAUGAUAACGAGAGCUUAGUCAACGAUACACAAGUACAUGCAAAUUAUCUUCAAUCUGUGAGAAGCCCCACCACCAGACACACAUUCAAAAUGCCAAGAACGUUGAGGCCUAUUACAGAUGAUAUUUUUUCACAACCUGCAGAUCGACUUGAACCAAAUUCAUAUAUAGCUGAUUCUUUCUGUGUGAACACUGAAGACAUAAUCGAAGAAUCACAUGAAUUAUCAGAACUAGAAAUUCUUGAACAAAAAUUGAAAAGAAAGAGGAAGAAAAGGAAAGAAACUGAUGAUAAAGAGAACAAAGUGGCCAAAAGAAGAAGGAUAAGAAUGAUUGAUAGUGAUAGUGAUUGAAAUGUGAUAUUUUGAAUAUUUGUAAAAAUGUAUAUAAACACGCGCGAAGUAUAUUUUGUUAUUAUAUUGUUAUUAUU